CUCUACCCGCCUGGCAGGCGGCCUGGCCCGGCCCCUUCUCUAAGGAAGCGCAUUUCCUGCCUCCCUGGGCCGGGCUGGAUGAGCCGGGAGCUCCCUGCUGCUGCCGGUCAGACUCCGGCCUCCGUCUGCGCGCACAGGCUAGGACCACUGUGCCACUGCUGUCCAUAGGAGCCCAGCACCCCACCCUGCCCAUCUGUCGGCCAGUGACUCCAGCUCGGCCCUGCAUCCUUGUAUCCACUUCUCCUGACCCCUCAGCCGCCACCCCAGAAGGCUGGAGCAGGGACGCCAUCGCUCCGGCCGCCUGCUCCCCUCAGGUCCCUGCUCGAGCCCACGCCGGCCCCGGCACCCGCCCGCCGCCCUGCCCCUGGACACCGGAUAAGGCCUAGUGUUCAGGCUCCCAGGUGGACAUCAUGGCCCGUGGCAUGCUCCCCCUGGCUGUCACCCUGCUGCUGGCCAGCUGUAGCGUCAGCCCCACAGGUCUUGCAGAAACCAUUCAUUGUGACCUACAGCCUGUGGACCCUGAGAGGGGUGAGGUGACAUAUACUACCAGCCAGGUCUCUGAAGGCUGCGUGGCUAAGGUCCCGAACGCUAAACUUGAAGUCCACGUUCUCUUCCUGGAGUUCCCAAGGGAGGUGUCACAAGUGGAGCUGACUCUCCAGACAUCCAAGCAAAAUGGCACUCAGCCCCAAGAGGUGCUUCUGGUCCUCAGCGUGAACAAGAGUGUCUUCCUGCAGCUCCAGGCCCCAGGCAUCCCACUUCACUUGGCCUUUAACCCCAGCCUGGUCACCAUCCAAGAAUUUUCCAGAGUCAACACCACCCAGCUGCCACCUUUCACCACCAAGAGCCAGCUCCUUGCCUGGGCAGCUGCUAAGAGCCCUAUCACCUCUCUUGCUGAGCUGGAUGACCCCCACAGCAUCCUCCUCCGUCUGGGCCAAGAUGAGAAAAUGGAGGCCGGGGGACACGCACAGGAUCACUCAGCGGCCCAGAGGUCGCUGUCCUACUGCCUGCCGGAAGCCCGCCGAGACAUGGGACGCACUCUUGAAUGGCGGCCGCGGGCCCCGGCCUUGGUCCGUGGCUGCCGCUUGGAAGGCGCGACCGGCCACAAGGAGGCGCACAUCCUGAGGGUCCUGCCCAGCUCCACCACCGGGCCCCGGACGGUGACAGUGAAGGUGGAAUUGAGCUGCGCAUCUGGUGAUCCAGAUGCCAUCCUCAUCCUGGAGGGUCCACCCUACGUUUCCUGGCUCAUCGACGCCAACCACAACAUGCAAAUCUGGACCACUGGUGAAUACUCCUUCAAGAUCUUUCCAGAGAAGAACAUCCGUGGCUUCGUGCUCCCAGACACACCCCAAGGCCUUGUAGGGGAGGCCCGGAUGCUCAACGCCAGCGUUGUAGCGUCCUUUGUGGAGUUACCUCCGGCUGGUGUUGUCUCACUGAGGGCUCCUAGCUGUGGCGGUGGGCUGCAGACCUCACCUGCUCCAGUCCAGACCACUCCUCCCAAAGAUACCUGCAGCCCAGAGCUGCUCAUGUCCCUGCUCCAGCCGAAGUGCGCCAACGAUGUCAUGACUCUGGUACUCAAGAAAGAUCUUGUCGCGGCCCUGAAGUGCACUAUCACCAGCCUGACCUUCUGGGACCCCAGCUGCCAGGCUGAGGACAGCGAUGACCAGUUCAUAUUGCGCAGCACCUACUCCAGCUGUGGCAUGGAAGUGACUGCACAUGUGAUUAGCAAUGAGGUGGUCGUCAAUUUCCUGUCGAGCUCAACACCACAGCAGAAAAAGGUGCAGUGUGUCAAUGUGGACAGCCUCUCCUUCCAGCUGGGCCUCUACCUCAGCCCGCACUUUCUCCAGGCCUCCAACACCAUCGAGCUGGGCCAGCAGGGCUUUGUGCAGGUGAGCGUGUUCCCACCAAUCCCUGAGUUCAUGCUCCAGCUAGACAGCUGCCACCUGGAUCUGGGGCCUGAGGGGGACACUGUGGAACUCAUCCAGGGCCGGGCGGCCAAGAGCAGCUGCGUGAGCCUACUGUCCCCGAGCCCUAAUGGUGACCUGCGCUUCAGCUUCCUCCUCCGCAUCUAUAUGGUGCCCAUACCCACAACUGGCACCCUCAGCUGCACAGUAGCCCUGCGUCCUAGGACCUUGUCCCAGGACAUACACAGGACAGUCUCCAUGCGCCUGAAUGUCAUCAGCCCUGACCUGUCUGGUUGCACAGGCAAAGGCCUCCUCCUGCCCGCCGUGCUGGGCCUCACCUUCGGCGCCUUCCUCAUCGGGGCCCUGCUCACCGCUGCACUCUGGUACAUCUACUUGCACACGCGUCCCCCCAACAACAGGGAGCCCGUGGUGGCGGUGGCUGCCCCCGCCUCCUCGGAGAGCAGCAGCACCAACCACAGCAUCGGGAGCACCCAGAGCACCCCCUGCUCCACCAGCAGCAUGGCGUAGCACCUGGCCUGGCCAGCCCUCACCCAGCAGGAGAGACUGAGCAGCAACCAGCUGGGAGCCACUGGCCAUAAACUGACCCCAGGAGCCUAGGCCUCCACUCGGCCAGGGAUGGGGCAUGCUGCUGUGCACCCCCUUCCCAUCGCCCUCUCAGAGGUCUGCUGCCAGCAGGGGCACCGACUUGGAAAACCUUGGGGUCCUCCCACCCAUUCCACAGAACCUUCAACCCAGUAGGUCUGGGAUAUGGCUGCUGGGACCAUGAAGAGAGGCCACUUUCCAUGUUGUUGGAGAAACCCAAGUCCCUGUCAUUGAACCUGGAUGUGGCACUGGGAGAAGAGAACUCAAAAAAGGCCCAGCCCAGCCCAUCCAGGCUGACCACACCUCCCCCAGGGGAAUGGGAGCGGGCCCAGCCCAGAGCCACCUGGAUCUGUCCCUGCGGCUCCCACACCUGGACUGGCACAACUGUGCUGUGGAAGACAGUAGCCUUGGGGGGCCCAGCCUGGGAGCCCAGGGGGUAAGAACAGUGGGGGUGGGGAGGCCACAUGGCAUCAGCCUGCCCUUCAGGCAGGCAGCAGGGAAGUGGCUGGGCUGCCUGUCCUAGGCCCACCCUGUAUAGCCCCACCAAUAAAUCAGACCAUAAAACCAGAACUGGGA